AUGUUGGUGGGGCAUGGCAACUCGUGCACUCCAGUUGAUGAACUACGGAGCAAUCUCCCAAUCUUUCGUUUGGACCACUAUGCAAUUCGGCGAGAUGUAAGCUCUAUCCAACAGCCGAUGCUAGAACGAUGCCCCCUAAUGUACUACCGCUACAUCGAUGCUUGUUGCAUUAUUACAUCCACUCAAUCCGAAAUGGAUGAGUGUUUCAGAAUAAUCAAUCAACGAUCACAGUCUUACAAAGGGAAAGCCACGCGACGGUUGGUUGCCGUACCUCAACACACGUUGAUGUUGGUCAACGGAGCGGUACACUUAAAAUGGUAUCGAAAGGAAAGCUCUAAGAAUAUCAACGCAAGAUUUGCCCAUCCUACUGCUACAAAACGUGCAAUAAUUCGCAAUAUGUUUAAAACAGCAGUUUUAGCAGUGGUGAAAGUAAGAGACAAGAAUGGUAUCCCAAAUAAUCACCAAUAA